AUGCCCGGACCCUUUAUGCGAAAGAGCAUCGACUCUUUGUCAAAUCUUGUCAGAGGAAAUUCGCUACGACGUCGCCAGACUCAAGACCAAGAUCAGAACCAGGAACAAGAGCAGUAUCAGUACCCGGAUCAAGCUCAUACUCGAUCAUCCCCAACUAGUGGCCAAGAAGCAUCGAAUAUGGGCCACUCUCAUUCUCGACAGAGCAGGCAUCGGUACGACUUCUCCGGCUCUGCGAACAGAAGUCCAGUGUCCCAGUCAACUGGAAAAGCGGCCAUGAAUAGCAGCCAGACUCCAGAUCCCUGGGCCCCUCCGCCGUAUGAACCACAGGCUGCUGCUGCUCCUGCUUCUUCUACCAUCUCAGGAAGCAGUGAUUCUCCAUACUCUUUCCUGCGGGAGUUCGAUACGAUCUUCAUCGUGGAUGAUAGUACGAGCAUGCUGACGGGUAACCGCUGGAAGGAGGCUGAGAAUGCUAUUGCUGCUAUCGCGCCUAUUUGUACGCAGUAUGAUCAGGAUGGAAUUGACGUCUACUUUCUUAACCAUCGCCGCCAGGGAGCUGAAAAGAUGAAGGGUGGGUAUAUGAAUAUCAGAACAGCAGAUGAUGUUCGUGAGAUAUUUGGGAGUGUGUAUCCGAAUGGUCCGACGCCUUUUGGUCGACGACUUUACGAAAUCCUCAAUCCGUACAUGCGAGAUUUGCAAAAGGCGAUUUCGAAGGGUGAUGGAUCGCGUGAUUCGGCUCAACUCAUGAAACCACUUAAUAUAAUUGCGAUUACGGAUGGGGCAUUUACAGACGAUGCGGAGAGUGUCAUUGCAGGAGUUGCGCAAAAGCUGGACGAGAAGAAAUAUCAGGCGGUGCCUUGGCAGGUUGGAAUCCAAUUCUUCCAGAUCGGAAAUGAUGCCCAGGCAAGGGCGUAUCUGCAGGAACUCGACGACAAUUUGGCCGAUAUGCAGAAAAAAGACCAUCUCCGUGAUAUUGUGGAUACCGUGCCGUGGAGGGGUGAUCAGGGGCAGACGCUGAGCGCCGAUGGCAUUCUAAAAUGCGUCCUUGGCGCCGUGUCCAGGAAAUAUGAUAAACGCGAAGCGUCGUUUCACCGCUAA